AUUUUGUGUGACGUCUACGCAUAAAGAAGUAAGUUCGUUUCGUUAUAAAGUGCAAACACCUCGACAACUUCCCCAAUUACGAUUGCGAUGGACGAGAUGGAGGGUAAUCAAAUACUCGCAGAAGCUCUUAAGGAGCAGGGGCUGGAAUAUGUCUUUGGGAUAAUGGGACAUCCUGUGAUAGAGUUGGCGUUGGCAAUGCAGGUUGCAGGACUCCAGUACUUAGGUUUUAGGAAUGAACAAUCGGCAUGCUACGCUGCACAAGCUUACGGAUACCUGACAAAAAAGCCGGGAGUGGUUCUUUGUGUCUCCGGACCGGGACUACUUCACGUUACGGGAGGUAUGGCCAACGCACAAGUUAACUGUUGGCCAGUUUUGGUCAUCGGAGGAUCCUGCCCACAAGAUCAUGAAGGAAUCGGGGGGUUCCAAGAAUGGCCACAAGUUGAAAGUAGCCGCCCUUACUGCAAAUAUGCUGCCAGGCCACCUUCGGCUGCACUUAUACCUCUUCAUGUUGAGAAGGCUGUUAGAUUGGCAACUUAUGGUAGACCUGGUGCCACAUACCUGGACAUGCCAGCUACGAUAUUAACUCAAAAAGUUCCAGUAAAGCGUAUUGCAAAAGUUGGACGAUGUCCACCACCUCCUGUCAUAUACCCUCAACCAGAGCUCAUAGAGCAGGCAGUGAGUCUAUUAGCCAAUGCUAAGAAGCCACUAAUUAUUGUUGGAAAAGGUGCCGGUUAUGCUCAUGCCGAAAAAGAGGUUCAAGAGCUCAUUAAUUCUACGAGCUUGCCUUUUUUGCCAACACCAAUGGGUAAAGGGGUGAUAUCGGAUACAAAUCAGAAUUGCGUAUCCAGUGCAAGAACCUUAGCAUUACAGCAAUGUGAUGUCAUACUGCUUUUAGGAGCUAGAUUAAAUUGGAUGUUGCACUUUGGUCGCCCGCCGCGUUACCAGAAGAAUGUAAAAGUUAUCCAAGUGGACUUGUGCGCUGAAGAAAUGCACAACUCUUUACAAUCAACUGUAGCUAUACAGGCUGAUAUCGGGCCAGUAGCUCAUCAACUAUCACAAGCAUUUAAAAAUCGCAAAUUCAAUUUAGCGCACACCAAUCCAUGGUGGAAAGAGCUAAUUGCCAAGGCUGAUAGGAAUAGAAAAACUGUUGCUGCUAUGGCACUCGAUACAUCACUGCCACUAAAUUAUUACACGGUCUUCAAACACAUUCAACAAAUUAUUCCGAGUGACUCCAUCAUUUGCUCCGAGGGUGCUAAUACAAUGGAUAUCGGUCGCACUAUGUUACUGAAUGAGCUACCAAGACACAGGUUGGAUGCAGGAACUUUUGGUACAAUGGGUGUAGGUCCAGGUUUUGCUAUAGCGGCUGCUCUUUAUUGUAAAGACAAUGCUCCAAAAAAAAGAGUCAUUUGUGUCGAAGGUGAUAGUGCAUUUGGGUUUUCUGGUAUGGAAGUUGAAACCAUGUUUAGAUACAAGCUUCCGAUUAUCAUUAUAAUUGUCAAUAACAAUGGAAUAUAUGGCGGACUAGAUAAAGAGACGAUGAAACAAAUACAAGAUGCUGGUGAAGCGACACAAGUGACACCACCGCAAUCACUUACCGCUGAAACGAGAUAUGAAAGAAUGAUGGAAAUGUUUGGAAGAAGAGGUCAUUUCUGUACAACAGUAUCAGAGAUUGAAACUGCUCUCAGGACGGCCUUAAAGGUAACUGACUCACCAACUAUAAUCAAUAUCUUAAUUAAUCCUGCCGCGGAUCGCAAGACACAGAGCUUUAGUUGGCUUACUGAAUCUAAACUCUGAGAGUUGGAAAUGAAUGUUUUAUAUUCAAUAAGGAGCUCUGAAAUUAUAUGAAUGUUGACAAAUCUUCAGUUGACGAAUUAUAGAAGUGAUCAUGUUAUUAUACUCAUUAUACAUGGACCAGUUCAGAGAUUAAUUUACUUUACUUUGUUGACUUGAUCCAAAGUCUAAUAAAUAUUUCAUAUUCCACAUUUGGGUGAAAGAAGAAAAAAUCGGUAUUAUCAAUAAAUGAAUAAUCAAACUA